AUGGCGCCUACGGUCCCAGAUCAGGAGCUUGGAGAAGCCCUUCUCCAAUCUGUACAGUAUGGCUCUUUUCCGCAGUCGGAACAGGUGGCCUCCGCACCUGUUUCCCCAACAGCUCUACCCAAGCUCCUCGAAGUCGUCCGCAAGGCCCGUGAUAAAACAAAGGACGAAAUUCGUAAAGUGUCCCGCGACGCCGCUCCCGACGUAGACGGGUGGAUUGAACAAGCACGCAAACUCCAAUCAGACAUCAAACGCUCCCAGGAGACGGCACAAGAGAUAGUCCAAGAGGCCAAGGCUAGGGAGGAACACGCAUCACGCCUGGCAGACGCAAAUGCUAAGCUCAGCCUCCUCUACUCGGAAAUUGCAUACAACGACAAUCUGGUUCAGGUCAUUACACGCCUGAAGGAGUUGACUUCAUUGCUAGAUGCUGCACAAGAUAAUGCUGUGCAUGGAGAUGUUUUGGGCGCCUUGAAUAAGCUGGACGAGGUCGUUGGUGUCAUCACUACCCGGCUCAGCGCCGCACCUACACCCACUAGCGAUGCAUUACCGUCCCCGAAUCUCUCCGUGGCGAAUGCCCGGGUCGUAGGUGUUCUGCAGAACCGAGCCGCCGAGUUGAGAGAAUCCAUUGUGGGGAAUAUGACCGAGUUAUGGAAUGCGCUGCUCGUGGUUGACUCGUCUGCCGGACGAAUCAGCUGCAAGGAGACCGUGGAGAAGGAUAAGUCUGUCACAAUCGAUACGGUUGUGGAAGCUCUCACCAAACUAGGUCUGUUGGAAGGCCUCAUAAGUUCAUUUGCGCGCCAGUUCGACAAAGUCAUCAUUUGUCCGCGCCUUACAGGUUCGAACCAAGUUUUAUCUUCUAUCGCGGUGGAGGGUGCCGAUAUCCGAAUCACUGGGCAGAUCAAGGAUACGGGCGUAAAGGCUGCAUUAGAGGAUAUCCACUCUAUAGCCGAAUACCUCAGCACUCGCCUUCCCCGUUCGGUUGCAACAAGCUUAUCCGCAAAGCUUGUUCCAGUUAUCUCAAAUCGAUUAAUCAAGAACUGGCUGUUGCCUGCCGUACCGUUGUCCACUGAUGGCGUCCAAGAUUUCCAGGAGCUACUAUCUUACGUACUAGGACUGGCUGAGUAUCUCGAUGAAUUGGGGUGGUCUGGUCAGGAACGGCUUCGCCACUGGGUCGAUCAAUCAGCUCAGAUAUGGCUUGCGAGGCAGAAGGAGGCCGCAAUUGUGCGAGUACAUCAAUUUUCGCCUAAGCUUGUCCGGGAAAAGAAAACAGUGGAGAGGGUGGAGACUCAGAUGGUCUCAAAAGGCGAUGCCAUGCUCGGCCAUCAGGAAGAUCAGGAGGAGGAAUGGGGAGCAGAAUGGGGAGAGGAAGAGGUCCAAGAAGAGGAAGAGCCAUCUGGAAAGGAUGCCGCACCAGCCCCCUCACAGCAGGUAGAAGAGGAGGACAUGAGCGCAUGGGACGACGAAGAGGAUACUCGAGUGGAAGAUGGCACCGACCCUGGGACGGAAGGAAAGAGUAAGGUGGAAGAGCACAACGGCCAAGAAGAAGAGGACGCAGAAGCUUGGGACUGGGGAGACGAGGGAGAGACGGAGCAGGCAGAGCCCCCUGCUUUAAGCACGCGAAAGCCGGAAGAACAGCGGACUGGCAAAGGCAAAACAACUGCCCCGCAACAUUCAGGCGCAGAAAAGGAGGUCACAUUGAGGGAAACAUAUACGGUCACCGCUAUUCCUGACGCUAUCAUCGAGCUCAUAAUGCAAGUCGUUGCAGAUGUUGCAACACUCAACCAUCCUGGCCUGGCAAAGUCAGGCAUCGCUCACGCAAGCGUGGGAUUAUACGCGAUUCCUGGACUUGUACUAGCUAUGUACCGUGCUACGGCGGCUUCGUACUACUCCAAGGAUAUCGCGGGAAACAUGCUGAUCUACAAUGACUGCACACGACUCUCCGAUCGGCUGCGGACCUUUGUGAAAGAACAAGCUGAACGGGACAAGUCGUCUCCUUUACCAUACAACCUUCGCUCAUCCGCGCGACUGAACUUCGAUGAUGACAUUCGGGCAAUUGAGCGUUUCGGGAAGCGGGCAUAUGGUCGGGAGAUGGAAUCACAACGUACGAUCAUCAAGGAUCUCUUAAGCGGUGCUCAAGGUUUCAAGACUUGCACGACGCCUCCGUUUGACGCCGAAUGCGACAACGCGGUCGCCAUGACGAUAGAUCGUAUCGAAGAAGUCAAAAGGCACUGGCAGGACAUACUCUCACACUCAGCUCUUCUACAAUCACUCGGCUCUAUCGUCGCUACGGCGCUUACGAAAUUUAUUGAUGACGUAGAGGAGAUGACUGACAUUGCAGAGGAAGAAUCGAAGAAACUCCGAUCAUACUGUGUCUCCCUCUCUUCGCUAUCGUCACUUUUCCAGACAACUGACGAUGCUGGAGAGCUGAAGGACAUGACGAGUAUUUAUACCCCCAACUGGUUCAAGUUCCAGUAUCUCAGCGAGAUUCUCGACUCGAGUCUUGCUGAUAUCAGGUAUUUCUGGACGGACGGCGAAUUGAAGCUGGAGAUGGAUGCGGAGGAGGUGGUGGACUUGAUCAAGGCGCUGUUCGCAGAGAGCGAGCACCGCAGGAAGGCUAUUUCGGAGAUUCGCAGGACGAGCAUGACCAGACGAGUAGACCUCUCACGCCUAGUGAAUAAUCUCCUCCACACCGAAAAGCCGAUUCCCUUCGAGUUCCUCGUCAAUGGCCAGUUUCUCCGGACUUCCAUCGACGAUUUCCUCACGCAGAACGGAAUCAGCGCCGAGUCCACGUUGAACGUCGAGUACACGCGCGCAUUACUACCGCCACUACAUGUCUCGAGCUUUGAGCACGACGACUGGGUCUCUGCGGUGGACGUGUUGACGGAGAGUUCGCCGGCGGGAGUAUGGUCGAAUGGCGUGCAAAGCGGACAGGAAAGGAUAUUGAGCGCGAGUUAUGACGGCCUACUAAGAGUGUGGAAUCUAUCUGGAGACGUCUUAGCGACAUCCACGGCCCCGAACAACGGCGGCAGGAUAACAAGCUUGAAGACCGCAAAGUGGCUCUCAGACAAGAAGAUCGCAGCAGCCGGCCUCGACAACGUUGUCCGAGUCUACAAAUACGACGACGAUGCGCGCUCAAUCACACCCUCCCUGGAACUCUACAACCACAACUGGGGCGUCGAAGACAUCGCCGUCCACGGCCCCUCCAACCGCAUCCUCUCCGCCUCCGCCGACACCACCAUCUCCCUUUUCUCCAGUACCUCAAAAGACAGCCCCGCCGCUCCAGAAAAGCUCCUCCCAACCUCCACAACCGCAUCAAAUAAGCGGCAAAGGCUCUCCAGACCCGAUAAAACGGUUCCCGCCCGCGGCGCCCUGAGCACACUUAGCGGCCACUCCUCUCCGGUCUCAAGCGUCAUUUUCAAACCCGACGAUGCGACUGUCGCGUACUCCGCUUCACACGAUCACACGCUUCGGACCUGGGAUCUGCCGACGUCAAAAUGCGUAGAUACAAGGACGACAGGGCAUUCCCUUUUAUCUCUCACGGCACUGCCAAAACUCAAUCUCUUAGCCACGGGCACCUCGGCGCGGCACAUCACGCUGAUUGACCCGCGGGCAUCUGCCACGCAGAUUGCCGUCAUGACGCUGCGCGGGCACACCAACGCCGUUGUAUCCCUGGACACGAAUCCCACUUCCGAAUACGGCCUGGUUUCGGGCUCACACGACGGCACAGCGAGGAUAUGGGAUGUUAGGAGCGUGAGGCCGGCGGUUAGUGUAGGCGAGGGUCAGGUGGGCGAGAGCGUGUACGUGAUUGAGAGACAGGGCGUGGAGAAGGCGAGGAGUCAUGGGGAGAGGGUGAAGGUGUUCGGUGUUCGGUGGGAGAGGGAGGUGGGUAUCGUGAGUGCGGGAGAGGAUAAGAGGGUGCAGGUUAAUCGGCAGUAA